AGAAGCUUCCUCAUCAUCUUUGUGCAGUCGUGGCGUGGGGUCUCUUCCUGCUUUCGGGAAUUCCUAAGUCAGAGAGUCUCUGACGGACCAUGUGACAGGAUGAUGGAGGAAGGAGAAGUCCAGGCUGCGCGCCGAUGUCUCUCAUUCAUGAGCGGACUGGCGCUGAGAAGCAUGUGGUCACCUGCCGUGCGUUCAGCCGCGCUGCUGUGCCUCCUGCGGGCCGUCGGCGUCGCCGCCGAGAUCGACCAAGGCUCCUUCCUGAUCUUCAACCAGGACCACAACAAGUGCGUCAGGGUGAUGCAGGCCUCCUUCGUCACGCUGGCAGCCUGCGAGCCCCACGCCAAGGACCAGCAGUUUCGCUGGGCCUCCGAGGGCCGCCUGCUCAGCCUGUCCCUCAACCUGUGCCUGGGAGCCACCGAGGUCAAGGACUGGGUGAAGGUGUUGCUCUUCGAGUGUGACGAGAGCAGCGAGCUCCAGCGUUGGCAGUGCAAGAACGAGACCCUGUUCGGCCUCAAGGACCAGGACCUGCACUUCAACUGGGGCAACCGGAACGAGAGGAACAUCAUGAUUUACAAGGGGUCCGGGGUCUGGAGCCGCUGGAGGAUAUACGGCGCCGACAAAGACCUUUGCUCCAAAGGCUAUCAAGAGGUUUUCACAAUAGGAGGCAAUUCCUUCGGAGCCCCGUGUCUGUUUCCAUUUAAGUACGGGGAGAAGUGGUACUCCGAGUGCACCAAGGACGGACGCACCGACGGGCAGCUGUGGUGCGCCACGAAGACCAAUUACAACAACGAGAAGAAGUGGGGCUUUUGUCCCAGCAAAGUUUUAUCAGGAUGGGAUACGGAUCCGGUCACAGGGGUCCAGUACCAGAGGAACGUUCUAUCAGCGCUGACGUGGCAUCAGGCCAGGAAGAGCUGCCAGCAGCAAGGAGCCGACCUGCUCAGCAUCGUGGAGCUUCAUGAGCAGGCGUACAUCUCGGGACUGACCAGCACUUUGGGAUCAGCACUGUGGAUCGGACUCAACAGUUUGGACUACGAUGCGGGCUGGCAGUGGAGCAACGGGAACCCCUUCCGAUAUUUGAACUGGGCACCAGGGAAUCCCUCAUCUGACCCGGGCAUGAACUGCGCCACCUUGAAUGCUGGCAAAGCCUCCAAAUGGGAGACCAACCCCUGCACCAAAAAGCUGGGCUACAUUUGUCGCAAAGGGACCGCCACAAGUCUUCCCCCGCCGCCAAUCAAGCAGCCCAGCUUCUGCCCCAAUCACUGGGUUCCUUAUGGCGGGAACUGUUACUUCCUGGAGAGGAGUAAAAAAAUGUGGAAGGACGCUUUGACUGCCUGCCGCAAAGAAGGAGCAGACUUGGCUAGCAUUCACAACAUCCAAGAGCAGAGCUUCAUCAUCGCUCAGUCUGGAUACAUGGCGAAAGAUGUGCUGUGGAUUGGUUUGAACGACCGAACCAACCAGAUGCUGUUCGAGUGGUCCGACCUCUCCCAAGUCACCUUCACCCAGUGGAUGGCGGACAAGCCCUCCCACAGCAUCAACCUCCAGGAGGACUGCGUCCUCAUCAGAGGAAAGGAUGGCCGGUGGGCUGACCACGUUUGCGAGAAUGCGUACGGAUACAUUUGCAAGAAGAAGGCCUCUUCUAAACUGGCUGAAGGCACCCACGAGGAAACCAACCCCGGGUGCAAGCUGGGCGCCGUGAGGUACGGGUCGUAUUGCUACACAAUCGGAGCUGAGAAGAAAACAUUUGAUGACGCCAAGCAAGCGUGCUCGCAGCAUGGAGGCAACCUAGUUGACGUGGCAGACAGGUACGAGAAUGCCUUUUUGACCAGUUUGGUGGGCUUGCGACCAGAAAAGUACUUCUGGACGGGAUUUUCCAAAAGAGACAACAAGCACGUAUUCACGUGGACCACCAGGAGAAAAACCACAUUCACUCAUUUUAAUGUGGGCAUGCCAGACCGAAAUCUAGGAUGUGUUGCCAUGACAACGGGAAUGUUUGCUGGCCUGUGGGAGGUGGUCGCCUGCAGCAGCAAGGAGAAGUACAUCUGCAAGACGCCAGCAGAGGGAGUGCAGGUGACCACAGUCCCGCCCACCACUCCGGCCCUGAGCUGUGCAUCGGGGUGGACGCCUGUGGCCGCCAGAAACGUCUGCUUCAAACUUUACAAAAAGAAAAGCGAUCUGAAGAAGACUUGGCAUGAGGCUCGCGACUUCUGCCGGGCGAUCGACGCUGACCUGAUGAGCAUCCACAGCUCACAAGACCUGAGCAAUGCACAGUUUCAUUCUUCAGACGCAGCCUGGAUCGGCCUCAGCUCCCUCGGUACCAAUGAAGGUUUCAUCUGGACUGACGGAUCCCCGUACGGCUAUGAGAACUGGGGCUAUGGGGAGCCAAACAACUACAACGACAACGAACACUGUGCAGAGGUGCAGUUCUACUACGGGCGCCACUGGAACGACCGCCACUGCGAAGUGUACAACGACUGGCUCUGCCAGAUUCAAAAAGGUGUGACUCCCAAAGCCGAGCCCGUCAUAAGCGCGCCAAAGUACAACAUGACAGAGGACGGCUGGCUUCUUUACAACGACUCACAGUAUUUUAUCAACAAUGGCCUCCAGCCGAUGGAAGCCGCCAGAGAGUUUUGCCAAAAGAACUUUGGCGAACUGGCCGUCAUCACGGCUGAGAGUGAGAGGAAGUUCCUUUGGAAGCAGAUCUCCAAGGGCUCCCAGUUGCAGUACUACAUCGGCAUGACUGUCAAUUUGGACAAGUCCUUCAGCUGGCUGGACAACACCCCGGUGACAUAUACGGCAUGGGAAAAAAAUGAGCCCAACUUCGCUAAUAAUGAUGAAAACUGUGUGACCAUAUACAAAAGCAUGGGGUACUGGAAUGACAUCAACUGUGGUAUUGAGCUACCGUCCAUCUGCAAAAGAAGCAGUGGUUUUGUCAACACAACAAUGCUCCCCACCGUUGUUCCCCAAGGCGGGUGUGCACCCGAAUGGCUGGCCUUCCAAGGCAAGUGCUACAAAAUUGUCGGCGCUGACAGGAAGACGUGGCAGGAUGCCAGGCAGCAUUGCCAAGACCAAGGAGGAAAUCUGGUUUCCGUCCUCAACGAACGCGAGCAAGCUUUCCUGACGACGCAAUUGCUCGCAUACAAUGACGACUUGUGGAUCGGCAUGAACGACGUCAACUGGGAGAUGAGAUUUGUGUGGACUGAUGGCAAAGGCGUCGCGUACACCAACUGGGCCAAAGGGCACCCGACGUCGACGCCUGAUGGCCGCUCCGCCUUCACGGACGAGGCGGUCUUCGACUGUGUGAUUAUUGUGGGCAGUGUUUCUAAACGAAUGGGACUCUGGAAGGUGGAAGACUGCAACAUCCAUCAUGGCUUCAUCUGUAAAAGAAACCUUGACUCUCAGAUUGCGGUUGCGGCUACCCAAGCGUCGAAGGCCUUCUAUAAACUGGGCAACGACUCCUACAAACUGGUGACACAGAAUAUGCGUUGGGACGAGGCAAGGAGGCAGUGCCAGGCAGACGACGCCGACCUGGCCAGCAUCCUCAGCCCAGUGGCCCAGGCGUACAUCACGCUGCAGAUAGCCAAGCACCAGGAACCCAUAUGGAUUGGCCUCAACAGCAAUGUGACAGGAGGACGCUUCAGGUGGGUGGAUAACUGGCUUCUCUCUUUCACCCAAUGGGGCAUAGACGAGCCUAAAAGCAAUUACGGCUGUGUGUACGUGGACGUGGACAAAUCCUGGAAGACGGGGCCGUGCAGCGACACUUACUAUUCCCUUUGCAAGAGUUCCCCUGAUUCUGCACCCACAGAGCCUCCUCAGCUUCCCGGCAACUGUCCAGAAGGCAUGAGUGGGAGAACCUGGGUACCCUUCAAAGGUCAUUGUUAUUCCUUCCUCAGCUCGCGAGCGGAUUCCUGGGCCCACGCCUCGGUGGAAUGUCUGAAAAUGGGGGCAUCCUUGGCAAGCAUCGAGGACCCUCAAGAAAGUGCUUUCAUCCACGAAAACCUUGAACUUCUGCAGGACAGUGCCAAGAAAUUCUGGAUCGGCCUCUAUAGGAACCACGAAAGUCAGUGGAUGUGGAUAGACAGCGGCGUGGUGGACUUCACCAACUGGAAAAAUGGGAUGCCGCUGUCAUCGUCAUGUGUGGAAAUCAACGCUGAAAGCGGGAAAUGGAGCACAGCAAGCUGUCACAGAUACUUAGCGUACAUCUGCAAAAAACCCAAAGUUGUCACACCCACGGAAAUACCUCCAGCUGUCGCUCAUAUCAUGGAAGAAGCUUCCCACGGAUCAGCUGGCAUCACCGUGGCCGUGGUGCUGGUUGUGAUUGCCGUAGCAGGACUCGGAACCUUCCUGUUCUUCAGAAAAAGGAUACCCACCUCUGUGCUGGGAGAGUCCACCUUUGACAACAAGCUGUACUUCAAUAACCCCAUCCGGGCUCUCGUGGACACCAAAAGCCUGGUGGCCAACAUAGAGCAGAAUGAACAAGCUUAGACAACAGGAUAGACGCUGAUUUUAAUAAUCCAUACAAGGACAGUAAGUUGAGUCAACUUUUCUACAGUAAAACUACAAAAAGAGAUGUGAUUGUUGAAAUGUGUAAAUAUUUUAUGUAAAAAAAAAAAAUCAAUAAUUGGCAAAAUAUGAUUUCUGUUCAUUGGUCAGAACUUUUAAUUGACAUGCUUUGUUCUUUUUUUGCUGGUUGCACUUGUAAAUACAGUAGAUACAAUACAAA